AUGGUUUACGAAAUGCCUUCUGGUAAUAUGGAAGAGGUGUUGGAAUUUUUUAAUGUAACUAGUGAUUAUAGUCUAGAAAAUAUUAAAGGAGAAGAACUAAUAAAGAGAUAUGAAUUGCCUGUUAGUUCGGCAAGAUAUAACCCAGAUGCUUACAUUAAGCCUCUAGAUAUUAUAAAAGUGUUUGGUGAGGGAGGAAGUCUGAGGCACGCGUGUGUCUACUUAGGCAAUAAAAAGUUUGCUCAUAGUUUAGGGAAAGAUAACGAGGCAUGGGUUGAAGAUUGA